UCAAAUUUACUGAACGUUAUUUUCGAAAGCAUAAAAAUGUAUAUUUCAGCAUUGUUACUCAUUUUUAUCUGCUUAUUCCACCAAUUAUGGGAGGAAACAUGUUGCCAGCCAAAAGACGCUACCCCAAUUAUGAAAGAAACGCCUUUGCCAAAGGAGAAAUUUGGUUAUGGCAAGGACGAUGAAUCUGUUUUGGUAUACUCCGUCGAUUUACCUGAUUCAUUGGAAGACAAUUUGAAUAUCUUUGAUUAUGUCAUCGAAGAAGAUGGAAAUUGGGAUUAUGAUACGUUAGAUAAUCAAUUCUUACUCUUCGACAAAAAUAAGGUGAACCAGACUCAAGGAUACCCAUCGCAGAAUAUGUAUGAUAUUUUUGGACUUGAUGAAAAUCCGGAAGAUUUAUUUAACCCCAACUGAGUCCUACACUGUAAGAAGAAAUAUAUACAAUAAUUUAUUAAAUCUAAUAAUUAUUAGAAUCUUAUCUAAAUUGCAGAUCUUCUUUUAAAUUGUAGUAUAAUCCAGUUUUUAUAUUAAUUCUUGGUCGAAAAUCAGAUUAUUUCAUCAAUUAUAAUUUGUUAAAAUCUAAUAAUUUUUAGAAUUGUCUUGAACUGCAUAUGUCCCCAUAUUACCUUUUAUACUCUAGUUAUUUAAUAAAGUUGUGUAUUUUCAUAAAGA